AUGCUGAGAGCUUCUUGCUUCUUGCUGGCAGCAGCUUUUUCCGCUGGCGCGCCGCUGGAUCAUCUGGUGACGGAUUUGCCUGGCCUCCUGGAGCCGCUCCGAAGCAAGGCCUAUGCAGGUCUCGUGCACGUGCCUGCACGAAGAUAUAACUGCAGCUGGGGUGGGGGGGCAGGAGUGUCACCGGCUGUGGACGCUUUCUAUUGGUAUUCGGAGUCUGAAAGAGCUCCCGAAGAGGAUCCCCUCAUUCUUUGGCUGCAGGGUGGUCCUGGGGGCUCAUCCUUGUUUGGGGGCUUUGUGGAGAUGGGACCUCUGAAGCUGGAUGACAGGUCUUACUACUCAUGGAAAUAUAAUGCCACAGGUAUACCGUCACCGAUUGGAAACGAAUUCAGUUGGACUGCCUUCGCUGGGCUGAUCCUUCUGGAAUAUGCCGACAUUGGCUUCUCCUCAUGUCAUAUGCAAGACACAGCGCAGGGUCGAUGCAAAUGGAGCAUUGCCUCGGCUGUAGAGGCCAUCGUUGGAUUUCUUGUUACAUUCUUCGACUUGUUUCCCGAACGACAGGAUCGACCGCUUUGGCUUGCUGGUGAGAGCUUUGCCGGAAACCUUGUCGUGGCCGUGGCAACGGCCUUGCACUCUUUGGGGCCCGAGAUCAAAGUUCAGCUUGCAGGCGUGCUGCAUGGAAAUGCUGCGGUGGGGGACUAUCAAGGUGUGGUCACUCCCUUCGACCAUCUGAAGGGUGGGCCGCCGCUCACCACUGGAGACAUGGGCCCCUUCGAUGUCCAAGGACACGUGGAUUUUUGGUGGCGGACAGGGCUGACUUCCUCAAAACUCUACCACAGCGUGCAGAAGGCCUGCCCUUCGCUUGGCCAGGCAAAGCCUGAUGGAAGAUGUAUGAAGCCGGGACUCCAAUAG